UAAAAACUCUUCAAAAUGGACGCGAUGUUGGUAGUUAUUUUGUAAUUUUUGUUAUUUGGUAUUUUGUAAUCAUCUUUGAUGUAUCUGUAAUUCAAAUGGCUGGCAUUGUGAAACCUAUUACUUUAGCCUCUAGUCCAGAGUGGAUAAAAAAUUUUGCAAACAAUUUCGCAUCCCUCAGCGAUUGCAAGAAAAACGUUGUUAUAGAAAUGAUCCUGACACUUUGCGGACCAAAGCAGCUACGAUUUCUUUGCGACGAGGUCGACUGCUUAGUUAAACGCGACUUUCUCAGGUUUUUGCCCAUGGAAAUUGUGCUUCACAUCGUAAAAUUCCUGGAUUUUAAAACGAUUGCUUGUUGUAGUUCCGUCUCGAAGACUUGGAACGAUGUUUUAUCGCGUUGUGACGAAGUUUGGUUUGUUGCGUGCAAGAAUCGUGGGCUUAUUAGCCGUCAAAUGACAAAACAUGUUAAAACGGAUUGGAAAAAAGAAUUGAAGAGUGCUUUUCGAAGAGCGAAGAGGCUUCGAGGGAAGUUUUGUUUUAGUAAACGGGAAUUAGAGGGUCACACGAGCAAGGUGACAGCACUGUGUUAUAAAAAUGGCCUUUUAGCAAGUGGUUCGAAUGAUCGAACUGUCAGAUUAUGGGAUGUUUCCAACGGCACCUGUAAAUAUCAACUGAUAUGUCAUACUUGCACAGACCUUAAAUUUGAUGAGACACAAGUCAUCACAGCUUCAUUUGAUAACAACCUUGCCAGGUGGGACUGGUCAACCGGCAAUUGUCUAACAAAGUAUCAAGGUCAUGUGGGAUCCGUGUUUUGUGUCGACUACAACACAGAGUUGGACUUGGUCGUUAGUGGAUCAUCUGAUCAUACUGUAAAAUUGUGGCAAUUGUCUACUGGGUUAUGUUUGGCAACAAAGUUAGGACAUAGAAAUUGGUUGAUUAGUGUAUUGUUAGCAGAAGUUGCCCCAAGGUGCCAAAGAAAGUUACAAAUAACACACAUUGUGACUAGUAUUAGCAAAGAUCGUAUUAAGGUAUGGUCAACCAAUGCUGCUAAACAGUUUGCUUGUAUUGCUACAAUGAGAAGUUGCAAUAUUGAUCUCCGUGGCUACAGCUAUCUUCCUAGAUUACUGUGUAAUGGUCAUGAAAUAAUAUGUUCAUCCCCCGAGGGUGUUUGUUUUUGGGACUUGGAAACUUUUCAACUAACAAGGAGGCUUAAGAAAUACGAACAAUUUUUGGUUGCGCAUGGUGACAUAUUUUCACUUUGUUGGAAAAAUAACAUGCUUCACGUCGUAAAUAACAAGACUGGAGCCAGUGUGGGUGAACUACCGGCCCAAUGGUCAAAAGCAAAGCUCGGAUAUCGUUAUAAUGAUUGUGAAGGUGAAAUAGCCUGGCUGAGCGAUUGCUCGGCUGACCUCGAAACUGGACCGAUAUAUUUUGCGCCUUGCGAUAAAAAUAUCGCGAUAAUCCAGUGGAGUACGGAUUCUGUUCUUGUCAACGGCCUUACCACCAAUUUAGAUGUAAUCUUAGAUGGAAAAAGCUCAGGAAAUGAUAUUGAGUCAAAUUCAAAAACAAAUAACCUCAGGACACAUGAUAUAACGACAGCUUAAAAAUGAAAAAACUGCCAAAACCUUCCACGUUUUUGUUGAAGUUUUUGAUGUGAUUAUGUUGGCUUCAUCAUGACAUAAAAUGCCCGCCCAUCGAGACGACUUUUGAAGCAUUGAAUUUAGCAAUUUUUAUUAAAACAUUGCCUUAAAUAAGUUGUUGAAAAUGUGGUAAAACAACUGCCCAGAAUAUACAAAAACACUCUACGCUUUGAGGGAUCUUCGUCUAGUGUGAACGAUACCAAUCCCCCAGACCAGGGCGCUGUAAAACACUGUGUUUUACAGCGCCCUGCCCAGACGAAGACUUAAGACCCUUGGAAACGUGGCGACAUGGAAACGUCAAGGAGUAUUUUUUGUGUAUUUUAGUCAGCUAUUAUACCACAUUUGAUGCGGUUCAAAGACGCUGGCCAGCUGAUCAAUGGUUUUAUUCGAAGGUGAUAAAUUGUCUAAGAUAAUUCUUGAGAACAAAAAGCCAGCGUUCAGAUGCCAGUUACGUUUUCAUCCGUUCAUAGACAAUGAUUUCGUUUUAAAAAGCCAUAGAGGUCUAAUUUAGGCAGUCUGGAGACUGUUUAUAUUUGAAAAACGCAAGUAUUGUGGUGCAAUUAUGCAAAAUUUUUUUGAAACGACGUUAAAAAACGGAAUGAAAGCUGAAUGAUUAUUACUUAUAAUCGAGAUAUGGCCUGUGUAAAAAAAAUGCAUUUUCAUUACGGAGUAUGUUGAGUCUGAACUUCAAUUAAGUUUGCAAAGGUUGUCUGAGGGAUCACUCAUAGCUUUAUCAUUAAUCAUCGCUUCUUGCUGAAGUUGAAAUUAAAUUGUGUCGUGUUUACGAUUGUGCGCAUGAGCGAAGGCCAUAAGGUUGAUAUGUGUCAAAUCAUAGGUCAGAUGUGUCGUGCAUCUGAAAUAAUUCAGUUUAAACCUGCCCAUUUUUUUAUUUUUUGAGUAAAUAAGGCGUUUUACUUGUGAAAGACAUUCGCUGUAUUUUGGGAAGACGGUAUUGUUCUUGUGAAAUUGGCGAGAGAAAAAAAAGCUGGCUCCUUUAUUAACCCCUGAUAUUAUGAUCAGGUUAAGCGCAUUACUCAUGAUAUAAAACAAGUAUCGGGCAGAAUAAUGAGAAAACCAAACGCUGACAGCCUGACAUGAAGCUGCUCGGCAAACGAGACAUCACUCUUAGCAAAAAUCAUGUGCAUAUUACAUGUAAAUGAAUAUUUCAUGUAUACACAAGUAA